GGAUUCUAUGUUGACUGGGCUCCGAUUCGCCAAGUCCCAUGACAACAACUGGAGAAGGACAUGCGUGAGGUGAGCACAGCGGGGUGGUGGGUGUGGAUUGUUUGUCUGUUCAAUUGCUUUCAUCGGGUCAGUCUGGAGAGACAAGUUUACGAUCCUGCUUUUCCUUCAUUCUCAUUGUACAUACAAGAACCCCAGCAAGAAAAAAAAGAAGAAGAAAAAAUAACAAGGCAAACUUCCCUCGGCAAAAAAGAUACAGCAAAGCAAAACAAAUGGCGGCGCAAACCACCAUCAAAGUCCCACACCUGGGCGGCGUCACAGCCGGCUACCGGCUCUCGGAGCAGCCGAGCAGCAACAAGCCGGUGCUGGUGCUCGUCAACUCGAUGUGCACGACGUCGUCGCUGUUCGACGCGCAGUUUGCCAGCAGGGCGCUCACCGACGCCGUCACGCUGCUGGCGGUCGAGCCGCUCGCCCACGGCGCCACGCGCUGCGACGCCGGCGGCCACUACACGUACUGGGACUCGGCCGUCGUGGCGCUCCAGGUCAUGGACGGGCUCGGCGUGCGCGAGGCGUUUGCUCUGGGCACGAGCCAGGGAGGGUGGAUUGUUGUUCGCAUGGCGCUGCUGGCGCCGGAGAGGAUCCUCGGCCUCUUACCCCUAGGCACGUCGAUGGACAGCGAGUCGGCAUACUCCCGCUCCAAGGGCUGCUGGGACCCUCGCACAACCCUCGCCCCAUUCCUGGAGGCGUGGUCGACGGCGGACAGCACGCCGGACUUUGUGGUGGACGAGGCGUGGUGCACGGCGGUGGGCAGCCUGGGGUUCUCGGGGGCGGUGGGGGCCGAGACGCUGCAGUUCUGGAGCGACACGCUGCGGUCCGUGUACCGCGGCGACGGCGGGCGGCGGAUGCUCAAGAUGGCGCUGGUCAACCUGGUGGAGCGCGACGGCUUGCUGUGGCGCCUGCGCGACGUCGUCUGCCCCGUGUACUGGCUGCAGGGCACCAGGGACGUCGUGUUCGGCGUCGAGCUGUGCGCGGAGCACCUGCGGCUGUUUGCCAACGCGGCCGAGAGGGACCUGGUGCUCGUCGAGGGCGGUGGGCACUAUCUCAACGCCACCAGCCCCGACGAGGUGGAGGCUGCCGUGCUCAGGAUGGUUGCCAAGUAUGCUGUCGGUCGUGGGCGCAAGGCCAACAUUUGAGGGGGAUGUUGUCAUCUGUAGAGUUACUGCAACCACAUCACGUACGUGUACUUCAGGUUAACUUGUUUUGGCUUUCUGUGUUUCCAGCAUCGAUCACUUGUUGAAGGGUAUUCCACCACCACUUUCACUGCCACUUUGAGAUGAGACAAAUAUUUAAUUAAAACAAGUAAAUAAAUGGCUAAAGAUUAGUA